AUGUCUGAGCAACGUAGUCGUUCAUCACCAGGAAAUGUGACUAUUAAAGCAUUUGAUAAUAUAAGUCCAGAAGAAUUAGAAGAACUACGAGAAGCUUUUCGUGUAUUUGAUCAAAAUGGUGAUGGAAGUAUCACACUUUCAGAAUUACGUAUUGUUCUUGAUCAAAUGGGUUUAGAUCCAAGUGAAGAAGAACUACAAGAUAUGAUCCGUGAAGUUGAUGCAGAUCAAAGUGGUAGUAUUUCAUUUGUAGAAUUUGUUGAUAUGGUUAAGAAAGCAGUUGAUACGAAUAAAAAUUCACGUGAAGAAUUAUUUCGGGCUUUUCAAGUAUUUGUUCUUCAAGCAACAGGCGAUCGGCCGACAGAUGAAGAUGUUCUUGAAAUGAUCGCUGAAGCAGAUAUUGAUGGUGAUGGGCGAAGUAAAAUUUAA